GAGAGAAUGAAUUUACGUGUAAACUCACAAACGUGAAAAAGAAACUUCAAACUAGAAUCGGGAAGAAAUGUCGUUUCUCUAUCCGGAAGGACGUCCAGAAUCAGAGCUGAUAGGUAAGAUAUUGUGAAUUAUCCGAGUUUAUCGACAAAAUAAAUGUUAGGUAAGACAUUGUAAAUUACCCGAGUUUAUCGACAAAAUAAAAUUAAUGUUAGGUAAGGCAUUGCAAAUUACCCGAGUUUAUCGACAAAAUAAAUGUUAAACAUGAGUGACAAAGCUGACACAAAUUAGACUGUUAACGUUGAUUUUAAUUACAGAGGUUCAUUAUUUCUAAUUACAGCGGUUCAAUAUUUCUAAUUACAGCGGUUCACUAUUUUUAAUGAAGUUUUUAUUACAUGUACAUUGUAUACUUUUAUUUAUUUUUAUUUCUUUAUUUCAACAAAACGUUUGAUCCUUCAAAUUGUCGCUGAACAGGAAAGAAAUGCAAAAAGAAAAGAUUCAAAAAGGAUUUCAGUGGGAUCUUAACAUAGACAAGCGCAGGUAGCAAUACCAUCUACUUCUGACAUCGAUAAUGUCCAAACAAACGCAGACAAAAGCAGCAAGGACAGACAUGAAAAAGAUUUAGCAACAGAUGAUAUCCAAAAUGACUUUCCUCUGAGAGAGAAACUGAAAACUGGGACAGAGAACACAGACAGCUGGAACCAUAUGCUAGAUGGAUCUGAAACAGAUCAAUGGAAGAAAGAUUCAGCAGACGACAGCAGCAUUUCCGGUGAGUCCGCGGCUACCUCCGUACAAUCGGAUGAGGUCGGGGGGAAAUCAUUCCCAAUGAAGAACUCCCGUGAUGUCUAUUGCAAGCUUCCCGGAGACAGGAAUUUCUGUCGCAUCACCUGUUUGACAGCAUUAACAGGCGGUGAACUAGUGAUAUACGACGCGGGAAAUUUUAAACUGAAAGCUUUCGACAGCCUUGGCUAUUUCAUCGGGACGAGGGAUGACAUUUACAACUGUCGCGACAUAACAUCAGUAAAUGGUAAAAAAUUUGCCAUAACCCAAGAAGACAAAACUGUCAUAAGUUUUUAUUCUGUUAAAGGGAGGUCAAUCUUGCCUAAAGAUAAAAACAUUCCUUUACCGGGAAAUGGAUACCAUUGCAGGUAUGGCAGACAUCAUUACGUGGUUACCUGUGAUAUAACAGAUGUUAAGUUCCGUUCUCUGGUCAUCAUAGAUUCUGAUGAAACAAAGAUGAUCAAGGAACUGCCCACAAUCUUUGUGUCACAGAUAGCUAUGAAUCCUGAAUACGAUAUUGUGUAUAUUUCAGACAACACUCACAAAACAAUCACAUGUAUCAAUUUUAAAGGUGAUACGAUUUGGAUUCAAGAUCUUGGCUGGAUUCCCUGUGGUAUAAGUGUGGUGGCUAAACGUUACCUGUUGGUGUGCAAUGUCGAAUCGAAGACUCUAUUCAAGUUGGAAUUUGAUGGGAAACAGUGGGAAGAAAUGGCGGAUUUUAAAUGUUUCGGUCCGCUAUGUUACAAUGCCAAGAGAAGUAUUGUAUAUGUGACCAUCCCGUCAAACGGCGACAAGGAAAAGAGGAAUAAAGUGCAUGUUCUGAAAAUAAAUGAAAAGAAAUUGAAACGUCCAUGAUACGCCUAAUGGACCAAUUAAAAUUUCUGUAUUUAUUAUAAAACUAAUAUUUGUUUUAUGAUAAAAUGUUUCUAAAAUCAA